AUGAACCAUGAUCUCACGACGCAACUGCACGCAACCAUGAACCAUGAACUCACGUCGCAGCUCGCAAGGCGUUGCGGAGCGAUAAAAGAAGACGUCGAAGACAGAAGAGCAGCAGUACUGGUUAAAGCAGGUGAGGUGGGUAAGAGUAUUCGCUACGCCAGUCGGAACUUCCAAAUUCGUAAAACAAAAAUGACUGCUCUCCGGAACCAAGAUGGAAUAAAUACAUUAUCGAGAAAAGGGAUGGAAAAAGUCAUUUACGACUUCUGGUCCUCCUUAAGAAGUCCGACACGCCAUCACAUCGGUGAACAAUCGUACUGCACCCGGUCCCGACAGACUCAAGCCCGAACAUAUGAAGAACGCCUAAUCGCCAGUCCUAAUCAACACAUUGGAGAAGCUCCUCACUCGUUACCUGUCGGAAUGCAAAGUUUUUAA